AUGAGUGAAAUACAAAUAAUUAGAAAUAACGAAUUUAACGGAGCAAUGUCUAAUAUUAGCAAAGAUAAUAAUCGAUUUCAAAUGUCAAAGAAUUCAAUUCAAGAAAAAAUUGAUACAUUUUGGAAUUAUUAUUCAAAAUUUUUAAUACGUUUUUCAUGGUUAAUACUUAUUUUAAGUUCAUUAAUAACUAUUGGACUUACAAUAUGUUUUUUUAAUUUUAUGCAAAUACGUCCAUUUGAUGAAACAAAUUUUUUUAUUCCAAAUGGUCAAGCUUUACAAAAUAUUCAACGAAUUCAAACAAUAUUUGGAAAUGAUAAAAAUUUUCGUGUACAUCAACAAAUGAGUCUGUACCCUGCUAUAGAUAUUAUCAUUAAAAGAAAAUUACAAACAAAUUAUAAAAAUAUUAAUGAAACAAAUAUGUUAACGCAUGAAAUUAUUGAUGAGGUAUGCAAAAAAAAAAAAAUAUUUUUUUCAGAUAUCUAUCGUUUAAUUGACUUUAUAAUCUCGAUGAAAUUCAUAUAUUAAUAUUUUCUUUACUUUUUAAUAAGAAAAAAACUGUUAGUACAAUUCAUACAGAAUUAAAAUGUAAAACACGAUGUAGUUACUAUUGCUAAUUACAGCAAAAUUGUAACCUCGUAGGGUUUUUCCUGAACUCGAAUAGAUUUUAGAUUCGCAUCGAUUAUAGUUCAAUUUCGCUCGUCAUUUAACAGUCAAAUGAAGGUGUUUAUUAUUCAUGUCUACCUCUGAAUCAUUACAGUAAUGACGUAAGGCUCCUACAUCAUUACUAUAGCUAUUUUCAUUAUUUAUUUAUAUAAGUUUUCUCUCUCGGGAUAUCUCUCGAUAAAUAGAAAGGUUUAUAGAACUAUAAAUUCUUUAUUAACUUUACAUAUUGACUAACUACUUGUUCGAUAUAUACAUUGUUAAUAUCACAUAGAUUUACUUAAUUAUCUUUUAUGUCUGUGCGCAAUAUAUGCUAUUAAUAAUAGGAAAUACAAAUAAAUUUACAAAAAACAAUAAUAAGAAUUAUUCGAUUUUAUUUUGAUAAUAUAAAUUUAUAUUGAAGAAAGUUAAUAAGAUAUAUUUAGUAUAUUGUAAUGAAUUUUCACUUAAUAGAAAUACUUCUAUGAUCAAAUCUUUUGGAAAAAGCCACGUAAAAAAUCAAAAGAAAAUCUAGACCAAUUGACAAGGAGUCUUCUACGGACUAUUGUUUUAUUUAAUCCUUCAAAAUAUAUAACAAAGAAGUAGUUCAUAUAUUACAACGAGACACUAUUGAGAUAUGAUCUGUGAUCAUAUAUCUAUAUCUGGAGGAGGGUGAGAGAUCAAAAUUUUUUACUCCUAUAUUUCAACACUUCUAUGUAGAAUGUGUUUCAUAAAAUUUAAAUACGACUCUGAAUAGUUGUGAAUUUUCUGUUAUUAUUCACAACUAUCAACAGUAUUCAUAAAAAUAUUAAAUGAGAAAAACUAGAUGAUUUAUGAUACAACAAGACUAUAAAUUGAUCUUGCUAUCUUAUCGAAUGAUUGAAAAAAUACAAAAAAGGAAAAAUAAAUGUAAUAUUAAACUAUAAUUGACGUACUCUUGAAGGGUGUGUUCGAAGGUAAUGUCGAUAGCCUUCUAGCCACCCACACUCAACAUAUGGCUCUUUCAAUUAUUCUAUUCUGAUGUUCUCUUACUA